CUCACAGUAUUUAAGGCUCAGACGUACAUGCUGUAUUGUCACUGGGUGUGCACCGUGAGUAUCUGCUACAAGAGGAACGCCAGGUCAUCUAAUUGAUCCACCAGGAACACAACAGGAAAAUAUUAAGGACCUUGAACUUGGAAUCUGAAGAACCCUGCCAUUCACUAGUUCCUGCAACAACAAGCACCAAUCAAGGAUGGCUGGAGAAAACCUCUACAAUGUUACGGACGACAUCCCAUCCACUUGGAGCAUCGCAAACCUCUACAAUGUUACGGACGACAUCCCAUCCACUUGGAGCAUCGCAAACCUCUACAAUGUUACGGACGACAUCCCAUCCACUUGGAGCAUCGCAAACCUCUACAAUGUUACGGACGACAUCCCAUCCACUUGGAGCAUCGUUGACACCGUCGUCCAGUGGACAACAUUUUCCAUCGGUUUUCCUCUGAUCUGUCUGUCCAUUUAUGCCAUGUACUUCCUGAUCAGAGCUGAUCAUAUCGCUCCAGUCUAUGUUAUCAACCUUCUUAUUGCAGAUCUCAUUCAGAUCUGCACGAGGCCGUUCAACCUGUCUGGUACCUGGACAUUUAUUGUAAUGUUGAUUGAAUUCUUUGGUAUUAGUGCGAGCAUCGGUUUCAUGGUAUGUGUUGCUCUGGAGAGAUAUCUUGUGAUUGCAUUUCCUCUCUGGUACCGUUUUCGCCGUAACAUCAAAUACUCGCUCGUAAUGUCCUCCGUCAUCUGGGUUAUCCCUUUCCUCCAGAUCUCCAUGUUCUACCUCAUGCCGACUCUCGAGAUGAAACUGAUUCUGUUUGCAGUUAACCUCCUCAUACCCUUUCCAUUGCUCGUAUUCUUCCUCGCGGGCACGUUGAAAGCCCUGUCCGUCUCCAUCUCUGUGCCGGCUGUCGAACGGAGACGGAUUAUUGGUACCCUGGCCCUUGUACUGGGCAAUUACACAGUCCUGUUCCUACCCCUCAUCAUACAAUAUCUGAUAUCAGGGGUAACAGGCCAUCACAAUGUAGAGAUCGGGACACUCUUUGAGAGAUUCAGCCCCCUUGUGGAUCCCUUACUCUACGUGUUCAUGAGAAAGGGAGCUAAGGACACUCUGGCCUUCCCCUGCUUCGGCAAGCUGAUGGGUGACGAGGAGCAGAGUCAGGUCACCAACACUAUGACCAUGACUGAGGAGCAGAGUCAGGUCACCAACACUAUGACCAUGACUGAGAGUGUAGUAGAAGGCUCCAGGUAGGACAGAUGCAGGGACAUGGACUGUAUCUGUACGACUCACUGUGUAUAACUCCUAUCAACUCCUUGUUCAAAUUAUCGGAUCGAAACGAAGCUUUAACGGUGUGCGGCCUUGUUCUUUUCUUUGUUAAAAUUAUACCUUUACAUUUAAGUCAUUUAGCAGACGCUCUUAUCCAGAGCGACUUACAAAUUGGUGCAUUCACCUUAAAUUAUACCUUUACGGGCCUCCCGAGUGGCGCAGUGGUCUAAGGCGUCACUACAGACCCGGGUUUGAUUCCAGGCUGUGCCAUAACCGGCCGCGACCGGGAGUCCCAAGUUACCGGCACACAAUUUUCCCAGCAUUGUCCGGGUUAGGGGAGGGUUUGACCAAGGGGGAGAUUUACUUGGCUCAUCACGCUCUAGCGACUCCUUGUGGCGGCCCGGGCGCCUGCAGGCUGACUUCGGUUGCCAGUGGACGGUGUUUCCUCCGACACGUUGGUGCAGCUGGCUUCCGGGUUGAGCGUGCGGGUGUUAAGGAGUGCGGUUCGGCUGGUCAUGUUUCGGAGGAUGCAUGACUCAGCCUUUGCUGCAAUUCCCCAACGGGCUCGGGAGAGGCAAUGAGACAAGAUCGCAAAUUGGAUAUCACGAAAUUGGGGAGGAAAAAGGGGGUUCAUUUUUUUUUAAAGAAAACCUACUUUACUUUUAUUGUUGUAGUUAAAAUGUGAAGAGUACAUGCCUUGCUUUUUUAUAUACAAUACAUGACAUACUGUAUUGUACACAGCCCUAUUCUGCACUGUGCUGUCUGUGUUGGGCUUUUGUAUUGCAGCUUUUCAGAAAAAUAUGGACUUGUUUCCUUCAAUAAAGUGAUAAUGUGGAUAUUUGA